UGAUUUGUAGAUAAAGAGGCAGUCCUCUCCACCAUCAGCAGCUCGGUUGGGAGGAGAGCGUUUAUAAACGCGUUAGUCUAACAGCAGGAAAAGCACUGGGUUGUUUGUUUUCCAGUUUGUGAAAGAGCCAUCACAUCAGUUUGGGGGUUCAGGUUCAGGGUUUGGAAGGAGAUGUCUAAGCUGUUCCGUGCCGUGAUUCUGGGACCGCCGGGUUCGGGGAAAGGCACUAUCUCGGAGCGCGUGGCACGCAGUUUCGGGCUGCAACAUCUGUCCAGCGGUGACUUUCUGCGCGAGAACAUCGCAGCCAAUACGGAGGCUGGAAGUUUGGCUAAAUCAUACAUAGAGAGAGGUGCCCUGGUACCAGACCAUGUGAUGACCCGGCUGGUGAUCCCCCGGCUAGAGGAGAUGACCCGCCACAGCUGGCUGUUGGAUGGUUUUCCUCGGACUCUAGCCCAGGCCAAGGCUCUGAACAGUGCCUGCGAGCUCGACUUGGUCAUUAGUCUUAACAUUCCCCUGGAGACGUUGAAGGAAAGACUGCAUCAUCGCUGGAUCCACCCAGCCAGUGGGAGGGUGUACAACAUGCGAUUUAACCCUCCCCGUGUCCAGGGAGUGGAUGAUAUCAGCGGAGAACCACUGAUUCAACAUGAAGAUGAUAAACCGGAGGCUCUGGUGGCCAGACUGAGGCACUACAAAGAUGUGGCAAAGCCUGUCAUAGAUUUAUACAAGGCCAAAGGCAUCCUACACAUGUUUUCGGACACAGAGACGGACCGGAUCUGGCCUUACGUCAGCUCACUUCUGAGCGCUAAGAUCCCGACAGACCUAGUAGACGCUCAGAGGGCCUCAACACACUGAAGAAACAGUUAAUGCUUCAUUCUACACAGUGGUGUAGCAGUCAUCACUCAGACCUUCAUUAUAUAGUUCAUUUCUGGAAAACAAAAAAAAUAAAAGCUUUAGUUUACUUACUAUCAAAUGCAGAUUGUUGAGACUAAUCUUCCUUUUUCAAGAAUUCUUUUAGAUGAAGCCAAAAACAUGCCAAAAGUCCAGUCUGCUAAAAUAGCAAUAGAACACUAAAUUCGUUUUUUUGAAGAAUCACAAACAUUUAUGGUAUGCAAAUAUAGUAGCAUCUUCACAAAUCGAGGUGGAUAGACUGUUUAACUGUUUCUUAUUGUUUAAUAAGUUUCUGGAAAGGUAAAUUCGUUAUUUCAGUAUUAGUCUGACUUUUGUGAUUUAGUCAUUAUUGUCAUUUUUCUGUUCAUUUACACUACUCCGAGUGCCCCGUUCACUCUGAAUUCUUCUCUCAUCCAUGUUCCUAUAUGACGUCAGCUGUUACCGAGUGCAUGUACAGACUUGAAUAAUGCUUGUUUGUUUGCUUGUGUAAGCUGGAUUUUCUGGACUGGAUUUUCUGACAUGCUCAGAAUCAAACUCCUUCAGUAAUAUCACCAUGAUUCAGCGAUUUUUUUGGCAACAGUAAUUUACCAUAAAUUUUGUAGAUUUUUAUUUUUUUUGGAAAAAAAAUAUUAAUGUUUUUUUGAAAACAUAACCUAUUUUUUUCUUCAAAAUGCUACAAAUUACCUGUGUUGGAAAAGCCUGAGAUAAUUACCGUACAGAUAUAGGUAAGGCUGAAUAAUCUUUAUUUGCCAAAUAAGAGAAAGUACUACUUUAACUCUGAACUACUUAAUCAUUUCACACCCUUAAACCUCCCGCUAACUGUCUCUCUUUUAAUAGACACAAUACUGUUUAUACAAGCCAAAGGUUUUAAAUGUUGUCACUGCAUCCAUUUCUGAAUCUGUCAGCUCUAAACCAAAUAAACAUUUUCUCAUUUCGAAAAAUCA